AUGACUUUGGUUCAAAGAUUCAGAAAGCCAGAUCUUUUUAUUACCAUGACAUCUAACCCAAGUUGGGAAGAAAUCAAAAGCGAAUUACUCGCUGGACAAACUCCACAAGAUCGCCCUGACUUACUCACUAGAGUAUUUCGUGCAAAACUUGAGCAACUAAAAGAAGACAUCAUUGAAAAGGGGGUAUUGGGUAGUGUUGUUGCUUACGCAUACGUUAUUGAGUUUCAGAAACGUGGUCUUCCACAUGUGCAUAUGCUGGUUGUGUUAAAUGAAAAUGAUAAGAUCAAUAACCCAGAUGAGUAUGACCGAAUUGUUAGAGCUGAAAUACCAAAUGAAGAUGUAGAGCCUCAACUUUAUAAUGUGGUGUUAAAGCAUAUGAUUCAUGGCCUGUGUGGGAUUCAUAAUCCUCUAUCUCCAUGUAUGAAAAAUGGGAGUUGUAAGAGAAAGUUUCCCAAACCAUUUGCAUCAGUCACCGUUCAAGGGAAUGAUUCGUAUCCAAUUUAUCAAAGGCGAGGAAAUCGAUUGCUCGUCUCACUUAAUCAACAAGGAAACAUAAUGGUUGAUAAUAGUUGGGUCAUUCCAUAUAAUCCAUGGUUGCAGUUAAGGUAUGAUUGUCACAUCAAUGUCGAAAUUUGCGCAAGCAUAAAAAGUGUCAAGUACUUAUAUAAGUAUGUUUACAAAGGCCCAGACAGAGUAACAGUUGAAGUGCAAUCAGACCCUCAAUAUGAUGAAAUAAAGCAGUUUCAGGAUGCAAGAUGA